UAAUCAAUCCAAGCCUCGACUGACGGCUGGUCUAUAAAUUUCAAUGCCGCGAGGAAUCCCCAACGCUCGUCGAGAUGAAGAUGGGCUCAAAUACACCACAUUCUACGUUCCUCUUGCGGCCAAUCCCAAACACAUGGUGUCCAGCUACAUGAAAAACGAAUCUCAGACGAUGUGGGCAAGGAACGCGCAGAAAAAGGCCCAGUCUAGGACGCGUCCAGAAGAAGGGACAGUUCCGCAGGAAACGAGACGAGGGUCGCAGGUCAUAGUCAUCCAUCCCGGUUCACAAUCCAUGAGAAUUGGUAAAGCCUCCGACGUCUUUCCUAUCACGGUUCCCAGCGUCGUUGCGAGGAAGAUUACGCCUGCCUCAAAUGUUUCUGCGCCGAUAUAUCGGUCUGGGAUUAUCAGACGAAGACAAGAAGUAGCCAUCAAAACUGAGGAUUCGGCUAUGGAUGAGUAUGCGGUUACGGUGAACUCUGACGAUCCGUUCGAGGAGAAGAUGGGAGAAGUCAUCGUUUCUCUCCGGGAUAGAAUGCGUUUCUACAAGCUGCGCGUGACACCCAACGCCGCCAAUGCCGCAACUACCUUCAACGAGCAAUUCCAACCCGAGACGAUUUCCGAACACAACGAUGCUUUCCAAUUGGAAUGGAUCCAGGAGGGGCCCGACGUCCUCAUUGGGGAGAAGGCACUCCGUUUAGCUGACCCGCAGGCGUCCGGCUACAUCGUCCGAUCUCCCUUACAUGGAUCCAGCUUCAACGUUCGAGACUACGGCUCUUCGGUCCAAUCCAUCCUGUCGGACAUCGAGAUUCUCAUACGCCAGACGUUGCAAGAGAAGAUGGGCAUACAGCCCCGAGAUUUCAAAGACUACUCUGUCCUGCUAGUGAUCCCGGAUCUGUAUGAGCGAUCUUAUCUACGAGAGCUCUCGAACCUACUGCUUGUCACCAUGGGCUUCAAGCAGCUCUGUGCGCAGCAGGAAUCUCUCGCCGCGACGUACGGUGCCGGCUUGUCUAACGCCUGCGUUGUUGACAUCGGAGCAGUGAAGACCAGCAUCGCCUGUGUCGACGAAGGUCUGGUCGUUGCUGACACAAGGUUGAUUUUGAACAUGGGCGGCAACGAUAUCACAGAGUUUCUGAGCAUUCUGCUCAAACGGAUCCGUUUCCCAUACAAAGAAUUCGAUUUAUCGAGAGCGUACGACUGGAGCAUAUUCGAGGACCUCAAAGCUCGGAUGUCUACACUUUCUGAGAGCGACGUGACUUUGAGUACCUAUGACUUUAUCGUCAGACACCCUUUCAAGCCGGCCAAGAAAUACAGCGUACGAGCUUACGACGAAACCAUCUUGGCGCCGAUGAUUGUUUUCGAACCUAGAAUGAUCGACUUUGAGAAAAAACGACAAGCUCACAUCCCAAUGUCGAAUCCCGAUGUUACGGACGAGAUCAUCGACCACAACUCUGACCAAAUAACCUCUGCUAUGCUCAUCUCGACGCAACAUCUUAUGCCGGCAAACGGCACGACCAAAAUACCUGCUGGUGCCGCUAGUGCUAGCGCUGCUCCUCGUGUGGACGGGGAUCCCCCUGCUGCGCCUGAACGCAGCCCUUCGAGCGAAGACAAGGGUAAGAAGAGCAAGCACCCCGGGGGUUUUGACAUCGACGUCGCGGACGAAGCGAGUCGGCUUCCUCUUGACGUCGCCAUCUUCAACAGCACUCGCGCGGCCGGCGGGGACGACAAAAUACGCAAGUAUCUGCAGGCCGUGCUGAUCAUCGGAGGGGGCGCGAAUGUGCCUGGGAUGAAUCAUGGGCUGGAGAGCCGGCUACAGGCAAUUGCGACACCGCUGGUAGCGGAUAUGGAGAAAGUCCAAAUCAUUCCGCCUCCCAAAGAGGUCGACCCGACCGUGCUGGCUUGGAAAGGUGCCGCAGUUUUGGCAAAGAUGGAAGGCGUCUCGGAAUUAUGGGUCACACAAUCAGACUGGGACAUUCUCGGAAUUCGUGGACUGAAGGAACGGUGUUUUUUCUUGUAGUCGUGUGAUAUAUUGUCUACAUUGCUUUGGAUGAGAUGUACGUGUAUAGUAUGUGCGAAUGGAUGUUGGACUCCAUCAAAUCGCAAUCCCUUUUGAGAUAGGAAAUACGAUCUGCAGGAGUCAGUCGAAGACAACGUCGAUAUGGCCCAGUUGUUUAGCGACUCCGCAAGGAACAUGCUUGCGGAGCGUUGAUGAAAGGGCUGUCGGAAAGCGUUUCCAAACGCAGACUGAGUACGGGUGGAUUCAGACGAGGCAAAGAUGCAGGACGAUUUGGUUUUAUGACGGUCAAGAAACAAAAGUUUUCGCUGUGACUGGAAUGUGACCAAGACAUUUUGAUCUCCAACUGCAGCUCACAGCCACUGAUACCACUUCAUCCACCACGACCAUGAAGUCCAGCGACUUGCUCUUGAUUAUAAUUGCGAUCUUCUUUCCUCCGGUUUCGACAUUCUUCAUCUCGGGCUGCGGAUGUGACCUGCUCAUCGGUAUCUUGCUGUGCUUCCUAGGAUAUAUCCCCGGCGUCAUCCACGCGUUGUGGCUCGUCUGGCGCAAGAUGGAGGCGGAGGAGCGCUUUGGCGGCGACGCAUUCGUCUAUGUCGGAUACGGGAACUACGCGCCGCUGCAAGCGUCGGAUGCGCCUCCCUCUUACGGAGCCACCGUCGGCCCUUGAGGCACCACGUGUUUUGUGCACGAGGAAGUUAAAUUACAGUCAACAUCAGAGUCACACCUGGUACGACCACAGACUUGGAAGCCCGGUUUACUGCAAUUUAAGAAUGAGUUCGACGGCGAUAUGGGCAGACGAAUGUAUCUCACAUGGCGCAGUCGCGGUAGAUGAUGACGGGGGAACGAAAACGGUUGUGGUAGUGGAUGGGGACACCGAAAGAGGAAGGCUGCGGGUGGGUGUGAAGGUGGGCAAACUUGGCAGUGUCGCCGAAGUCGGGCUCGAGAGGACGGGACUGGUUGGAAUGGAGGCAACAGUCGAGAACGAUGUCCCUGUAGGCAACUGAGAUGUAGGAGGGCUUGGCUGGCUGGUGCUGGAUGUGUGGCUGCUGGAGGUGGAUGCAGAGACAGAAUUG